CACUCGGGAGAGAACAAACACACCCCGCUUCGAGCCGCGAGGGAGCAGAGCUAACUGAGCAGAGCGCCCGCCAGCGCCGCUGCCGCCCCGUGCGCCCGGCUCUCUCCGCACCCCGCGCGGCGCUCCAGCCAGGCGCCUGUGCGGCUCCUGGCCGCCCGCGAAGCCAGCGCCAGCGCCAGCCCCGCUGGUAGCUGCGGCAUCCACCAGCCGCCCGGCCCCCGCACGCUCCCCGCCGUUUAAAAGGACCUCCCGCCGCUUCCCGGCUCUGCCCUGGGAUUCCCCAGCCGCGCGCCGCUCCCCGCUCCACUUCGCAGCAACUUCGGCGGCCGCGCGCAGCCCGCCCUCGCCCGCCUUUAAAGUUUGCUGUGCCGACCGCAAAGUUGGGACACUUCAUCGGAUUGAAUUUUUCUCUUUUAUCUGCCUCCGUCCCCGCCCUCCAGGCUCCUUGUUCCUGAAUACUGGUGCUAAGCAUCUUGGCAGGGUCUGGGGACGUGGACUAUUUCGCACACCACACCUCUGGGAGGGAUUUUUCCUCUUUUCCCUACGAAAAACAAACAGAUCUUUUUAAGGAUGGUGCUGCUCCACUGGUGUCUGCUGUGGCUCCUGUUUCCACUCAGCUCAAGGACCCAGAAGUUACCCACCAGGGAUGAGGAACUAUUUCAGAUGCAGAUCCGGGACAAGGCAUUUUUUCAUGAUUCAUCAGUAAUUCCAGAUGGAGCUGAAAUCAGCAGUUAUCUCUUUAGAGAUACACCUAAAAGGUAUUUCUUUGUGGUUGAAGAAGACAAUACUCCAUUAUCAGUCACAGUGACACCCUGUGAUGCACCUCUGGAGUGGAAGCUGAGCCUCCAGGAGCUGCCAGAGGACACGAGUGGGGAAGGGUCAGGUGAUCUGGAACCUCUUGAGCAGCAGAAGCAGCAGAUCAUUAAUGAGGAAGGCACUGAGUUAUUCUCCUACAAAGGCAAUGAUGUUGAGUAUUUUAUAUCUUCUAGUUCCCCAUCUGGUUUAUAUCAGUUGGAUCUUCUUUCAACAGAGAAAGACACACAUUUCAAAAUAUAUGCCACAACAACUCCAGAAUCUGAUCAGCCAUACCCUGAGUUACCCUAUGACCCAAGAGUAGAUGUGACCUCCCUGGGGCGCACCACAGUCACUUUGGCCUGGAAACCGAGCCCCACUGCCUCUUUGCUGAAACAACCCAUUCAGUACUGUGUGGUCAUCAACAAAGAGCACAAUUUCAAAAGUCUCUGUGCAGUGGAAGCAAAACUGAGUGCAGAUGAUACUUUUAUGAUGGCACCGAAACCUGGUCUAGACUUCAGUCCCUUUGACUUUGCCCAUUUUGGAUUUCCUUCAGAUAAUUCAGGUAAAGAACGCGGCUUCCAAGCAAAGCCUUCUCCAAAACUGGGGCGUCAUGUCUACUCCAGGCCCAAGGUUGACAUUCAAAAAAUCUGCAUAGGAAACAAGAACAUCUUUACUGUCUCUGAUCUGAAACCUGACACGCAGUACUACUUUGAUGUAUUUGUAGUCAACAUCAACAGCAACAUGAGCACCGCUUAUGUAGGCACCUUUGCCAGGACCAAGGAAGAAGCCAAACAGAAGACAGUCGAGCUAAAAGACGGGAAGGUUACAGAUGUAUUUGUUAAAAGGAAGGGAGCAAAGAUUCUACGGUUUGCUCCAGUCUCUUCUCACCAAAAAGUCACCUUCUUUAUUCACUCUUGUCUGGAUGCUGUCCAAAUCCAAGUGAGAAGAGAUGGGAAACUUCUUCUGUCUCAGAAUGUGGAAGGCAUUCGGCAGUUUCAGCUUAGAGGAAAACCUAAAGCGAAAUACCUCAUUCGGCUGAAAGGAAACAAGAAGGGAGCAUCUAUGUUGAAAAUACUAGCUACCACAAGGCCUACUAAGCAGUCAUUUCCCUCUCUUCCUGAAGACACAAGAAUCAAAGCUUUUGACAAGCUCCGUACCUGUUCCUCGGCCACCGUGGCUUGGCUAGGCACUCAGGAAAGGAACAAGUUUUGCAUCUACAAAAAAGAAGUGGAUGAUAACUACAAUGAAGACCAGAAGAAAAGAGAGCAAAACCAAUGCCUAGGACCAGAUAUAAGGAAGAAGUCAGAAAAGGUCCUCUGUAAAUAUUUCCACAGUCAAAACCUGCAGAAAGCAGUGACCACAGAAACAAUUAAAGGUCUUCAGCCUGGCAAAUCUUACCUGCUGGAUGUUUAUGUCAUAGGACAUGGGGGGCACUCUGUAAAGUAUCAGAGUAAGGUUGUGAAAACUAGGAAGUUCUGUUAGUUACCUUAUGAUAGAGAUAUAUUACGUAGAACUUCAGGAGGGACAUUAAAUCACUUUAAGUAUAAACUGACUACUCCCACAGCUGAGAGAAGUUGUGACCUGUACUUGUACUACGGAAGGAAGGAUAUCAACAUGUGUUUAUUGAUGUUUAAUAAGUAACUCUUGAAGGAGACUUGUUCUAGAGUGCCCCGUGGUACCUAGUGUGUGUCUGAUGCCGGUUGGUGUCAAAGAUAGAGGACUUCUUGAAGGAACUUGCCAUUCCUUGCUUUGACCCCUGCAUGAACUGCUUCUAAAUUAUUUUAUUACCUAAAAAUUUAAAAUAUACCAUUCAUUGCACACACCCACAAAUGCAAAUCAUUCCUCUCUAUAGAUGCUAGGAUAUAUAUAUAUAUAUAAAUUAUUUUAUAAAUUCUUGUUUUAAAUGUCAGUGUUUCUAUGAUUGUAAACUAUUAAGUUCUUUUCCUGUUAAAGUACAGAUCUAAUCUAAGUAUUAUUAAGUGGACAGCCCUCUAGUCAGUUAUAUUGCUAUUGUAAAUUCUUAUUUGUUGAGUAAAAUGUUUAAAUACUGUAUGUAUCUCAUGUACAAAGUUGACAUACAUUAUAUUCAUGUACAUAAAAUUAAAGAUACUAGAUUAUAUGCUGUUCUUUUUCCCAAGCAGCUACUUUGGUGUAUUCAAUUUAAUCUGUCCUCAAAACUGCAUCUUCUGUAGUUUGGCACCAAAAUAAGCCCCUUUUCAGUAGUUAAAAAGGGAUGCCUCCUCUCUCUAAAGUUACUAUGGCAUUAGAAAUAGUUAUUAAAAUUUGUAUUUUUGACAUUGAAUAGGAGCCAGCUGUUAUGAGAUUUGAGAGAGCUACAAUAGACUUGUUUUAAAAGAAUAGGAGAAGCCAAACACUAACUUGAUAACUAUUCAACAAAUUGUUGUUAAUAACAUAAAAUACAUCACAUUAUAAGCAUUGAUUUUAAGUACAAAAUUGGGAUAUUUCAAGUAUGUUUCAAUACUACCAAAAUAGUUAAAUAAUUAUUUUAAUCUCUAGCUGACACAACAAACACCAAUCAGGACUUUGAUUAGUAAGAAGAAAACUAGGAAAGUUGCUGUUUCAUAGCAUUAAUGGUCUACUACUUUUAACUUUGAUUUUUCAUGGGUUUUUUUUAAAGUAAUUUCGGGUGUUAGAAGCAGUUUAGGCAAAUAAUAACAGAAAUCUUUUAUAAGAGACCAUGAACAAAGGGCACUUUUAAGUAGCUUCAUUCUCCAUAGGUUCUAUACAUAAAUCAUGAGGUAUUACGAGAACAUUGGUCCAGGAGUCAGAAAAGUCUGGAAUUUACAAUCACCUAAAGCAUAUGACGUUAAGAAAUCUUACCUCCCAUCAUCUCUCUUUCCCAUCUGUAACAUUACAUGAUAGAUUUAGAUGAGAUGACAUUGUCAGAUACCUUCUAUCCUAAGAGGUUGUUUUUGGUAGAAUUCUAUGAUUCCAAAGUGCUGUGACUCUAAGUGUGGAUGGGUAUAAUCUCUUUACCCCUACACUGCCCCUGCAUGCUGACACUGCCUCCAUAUGGUAGGCAUUCAACAGCAACAUUGCUCUGGAGUAUAGAUGGCUAUGGUUAAGGUAGUGUGAGUGGUGGUCCUUAUAAAAUAUUCUCUGCUUACCUUAGGAGAAAAUAGUUCCUUAAAAAUGUUAUCAUCCAAUCCUCAGUGUUAAGGUAUCUAAACAAGUGACCAUAUCUGUACACAACAGUAAUGACACCUGAAAGAAUUUUUUAAAUGAUAAAAAGGAGUACCCCAUGGUUAUAUACCCAACCAACUUGGAAGGGGAGACUUUAAAAUUGACAACAUCCCAGAGAUGUCGUAUCCUAAGUUACGAUUGUGUUGCCUUUGAAUAAAUAUCAACUUUCUCAUAGUAGGCACAUAUAUAUUAUUACAGAACAAUGUGCUAAGUGGGACUGUAGUGAAUGAAAGAGUUAUUGCAGCUUCUGAAGGUGACAGACUUAACUUUCAGAUAUUGCUUAAUGCCUGGGAAACCUGGGAACCAGGCCAAGUCAAUUUAACCAAGGUUUUGCUUUUUAGUCAGCUGUGAUGGUGGUUUCUACAUAGUCUGGAUAAAUCCAAAAUUAUUUCAUGGUCCCAGCAAAAUUUGCCUUUUUGAAAUUAUUAGAAAAAUGGAAUACACAUGUGAAAUUUCUACCAUUUUCCUAAAGAAAGGGGAAGCCUAUUAAAAAUGAAGCUCUCUUAUUUACUAUUGCAUUUCUAUUUUAGGAGCAUUUGGCUAAACUGGGGACAAAAACAAAAACUUGUUCUUAAUUAACAAAAGAACUAGAAAGUAGCUAAUAUGAAAGCACCACCUUGUGUUCAUUCAGCUCCAGGAUAGCUCUGCAGACAGCAGGGCAUUUAGAGUCCCAAGUAUUGUCAUACAUCGCUGGGGAGGGAAGAAUCUUUAAGGACAUUUAGUUUACAAUCUUUGUUAUUUUUCAGGUGUUGAAAAGAGAUUAAAGAUCAUAGAAGUCAGAAUAAAUUUGUAAAAGUUCUCAUAGUCAAAACAGCUAAGUAAUGGCAUUGCCCAGACUCCAAAAUCCUGACCAGAAUAUAAAUCACCAAUUCUUGGUUUAAAGGGUUUUUUUUGUGAAUCAUUUUCCAAAAAAAGUAGUACACUUUUUGUGUUACUUACUAUUUCAAAGAAACUUAUUCUUCAAGACCAUUUCAGAUUUCCUUAGGAAUGUAUGUGUUACCCAUAAUUGACCAUUUCAAACUUGUAAGAAAAAAAAAUUUUGUGGUCAUUUUGUUAUUUUUAGAGACACAAAGUAUUUCUAAUCUAGGUUUGCAUUGCACAUAUAAACUUGAGGCUGUGAGAUCAUUAGUCAGUUGCUUUAAUUAUAAGCCCUGUUUUUUUUAAAUCUAAAACUAACCAGAAUCUAUAAGAAUUAUGACAGAUUAUUUUCUUCAUUAAAUUACCUUAUAAUCAAUUUCUAGAUUAAAUGUUUAAACAUGCAUUAAAGGGUUAGUGCUGAAAAGCACUUAUUUUCAUUACUCAGAACACAUUUGAGAAAAUUACAAUUUGUGUAAGAUGAAGAGACUUAAAAGAUGACAAAGAUGAACUUUAGAGUUUGAAAAAGGCUUAAUGAUUCUUAAUGGUUUGACUCAAUAAAACCAUACACACACACACACACACACACACACACACACACACACACACUUUUGUAUAUAAUUCAAGGGAUUCAUUGUUGCUGAAACCAGUCCAGUAUUCCUUCCAAUAUUUCACCAAUUGCUUCUAGAGAUUAUCAGUUCUACCAUCUCAUUUUACAGAUGAGGAAAUUGAGGCCCAAUUAAGACUAGAAUCCAGAUUCCUUUACACCCACUUUAAUGUCCACUCAGGACUUCAUCUUAAACACUUCUUCACUGUAGAAAGUAUGGGACAACUCACCCAGAGUGUACUUCUUUUGUCUUUAUUCACUGGCUCACUUCAAAACAAAAGAAAAACAAGUGUCUAAUUUGGAGGACAAGGUCAUCUGGAGCAUCUCCAGCCACUUCCUCCCCCAACUCUGAUAUGGUGUGACAGAGAUUCAUUCGAUUGGGAACCUGCCUUCUGGCCCUCUCCCUGUGACCAAGUAGAGUGACCACUGCCAGACUUUAACUGGCCUUUAUAUGUAGUCGUCUAAAUGACCUGGAAAGCAUCAGGACACACUUACCAUUGUUUCACCGGAGAGUUUUAGCCUGAAAAAUACAGGGUCUUUGGGGAUUUGGGCCUUUGUUGUUUUGAAAGUGGGAAGUAGGAGAAAGGAAAACGGAGAGAAGUGGGGUGUGGAGAGAAGUUUAGUUUUAUCUCACUUCUUUCUCUGAGAUGUCUAAGAAGUCAAGAUAAGAGAUUCAGUGUAACUUGAUUUUAUUAAUGUUUGCAUUCUGCCUUUCAUGCAACCUUACACUGGAGCACUGGACCUGGAUCACCAUCCUCUCUGCCAGAAUUGCAUCUCUGCAAUUCUGGACAUUUUGUGGACAUUUUCAUUUCCCAGGAGUGGUUGAUCAUGCAUCUGGGCAAGAUUUCCUUCAUUUUUCUUUACAUUCCCCAUUCCUGACCGUUGAGAAAUAGUCAUCAAAGUUCAGAAAUAAAGUCUUUUAGAAUGCCUUUCCAGAUUGACUCUUAGAACUCUUUCAAAGAUAUUUGUAAAUAUUCACUCUAAGUGUAAAAGAAAUAAAAAGCUGUAGAUCUUUGUUAUGGAAAAACCAUUAGCUCAAGAUUGAAUAGUUCAAGGUCUUAGGCACGGUUACAUCUUACACUGUCGUUAUUUAGAUCCCAACAAAGAGAGGGUGGGAUUGAUUAUCCCACAGUAUUGUGGGGAGGAAGACAGUGCAGGGAAAGACAUUGAUUCCUAGUAAAAGAUCCAUUAAAAAACUGAGCUAAGGAUGAUGUGCCAGAAUGUAAUUCAUCAUCCCUUUAUGCUACAGAGGAGAGCUUGCAAGACAGUGUAAGAUUUCCCUGAAAUUUGUUAGAAAUGUCGUCUAGACAUUGAGCCAGGAACACAAUCAAGUAACCUCCCGGGAUAUAGCCAGGCCCCAAGCCUCUUCAGAAUUGGGAAUAAUGUUUUGAAUUGAAACAGAGGUGUAAAACAGAGAGGUCAGAGCAGAUCAGUACUGGUUAUGGGUGAUGAGAUCCAGACAAAAUAGUCUUGAAAAAAAUAACUGUCUUACAAUGAGGGGGUGUGAUGGAUGUGUUACUUUGUUUUUGAGUCUAGUAGUAUUUAUGUCUGAAACUGGUCAGUUUUUAGGGGAAACUUCAAAAUGUAGUUUGUCUUUCUCUUUUCUUAUAAAUAUCUGCCAAGACUAAUACCCAAUCAAAUGCCUUGACUUGGAAAUAAACAAAUAUCCGUUUCUUCUCUAUAAUUACCUUUUGGUAUAAUCUUUUCAAUUUGUGUAAAUAGGAUCUAACAGAAUAACACCAAUAGUUGUUUUAAGAUAGACUGAAAAAAACCCCAAAAUGCCCACAUUUAAUUGUUAUAAUUCUGACAGUAGUGUGUUUCUGAGAGAAAAUAUUUAUAAUAAACAGAACCAAGUAUAUUAAUACAUCACUGGCAUAGAAGUCUGAUUGUUUAUUCUCAUCCCUUCCUAUAAAAUGAACUCAGACCUAUUUAAAUAGGAUUAAUAUAUUAGUUUCUUUCAUCAUGUAGGCCUGAUAAUUUCCACAUUGCCAGACCAAAAGUUUUUGGAAAUAGCAUGCCACCCUCAAGAACCACUGGGAAAUGUCUCAUAAGCAUCUACAUUUGUCUGACCUGGUUUGUGCUCUGCGGGUCCAUACAACUGAAGUAACAAGAUUGUGGCUUAACCAAUGUCAGAGUUAUAACUAUAGACAUAGAUUGCUGUAUGAGCAAUUUGAUAAGAGCAACUGAUCUAGUCAUAAAUAUGCCCCAUUUCCAAUGGUUGAGUUUCCAUGUAUCACAGUAGCUACAGUAGCUUUAGCAACAUUGGAUGUUUCCAGCUCUUCUGGAUGUGGUAAGAACUUCAAGUGAGAGAGACAAACAACCAUAUGUAUAUGUUUUAAAUAACCAAAUAAAAUUCAACCAGUUCUCUUAUGGUAAAAUAUAACUUUAAAAACAUUUUUAAAGAAAUAGCAGACUCUUUCUUGGUUGACUAUUUUAAAAGAGUAGUAUUGAAUAUCUCCUUCCUGCUAAAUAAAACUUGUCAUUCUCCUUCAAAUAAAGCGGUCAAGCUGUAAAUUACAGGUUGCAGAAUUUUGCCUUCUCUUCUGCACGGGAUCACGGGUUCUGUUGGGUUGUCCUGGGGUGAUCUUCAGGUAUGGAAAAGAUGACAGAGAUAUGAAAGCAGGGUAAGAAUCACAAAAUUUACAUCUAAAUUGCAUUUUGUACAUGUUCCAUUGACUAAUGGUAGAGAGCUGUGCUUCAAAUACAGCUGUGGGCUGAGCAAACUUCGCUGCUCUAAAUACUGAAUGCCAGUUCCUUUGCCAGUUCCAUGGGCAAGCAUUCUGAGAGGCCUGAGUAAAAAUGUGCAGAUAAAUACUCAGUUCUGGAGUUUUUUGGUGCCAAAGCAUACAGAAUACUUAUGUUCUGCUAUGGAAAUCUUGGAAGAACAGAACUUCUGGUUUUGAUAGCUCUGAGGAUUUAAAACAGUUCUUAGACUACUUAUUACCUUUCAUAAAACUCACUCCUACUUUAAAAGUCUCUUGGUGGCUUACCUAUAUUAAAAAGAGGAAAAUAAUUUUUUUUUAUUCCACUGAGUUUUCUCUUCUCUAUUGAAGUUAAGCAAGCUAAUAAGAGGACAGCAGAGGAAAGAGUGCAGAAGUGGGACUUUGGGCAUUUUUUAAAACUUCUGUGGACCUGAGCUUUCUCAUUGGUAAAAUGAGAAGGGUGAUGAUCUCCUAGAUUCCUUUUUGGAGAAGCAGAGAAACUAACAACUUUUAAGCACAUACUGAGUGCCAAGCGUUUGAAAUGGCAUUAUUUAAUCCUCAUAACAACCCUGAGAUGAAGACAUUUUGUAUUCUCAUUAAGCACAGGGGGAACCCAAAGAACAAAUAAAUUAUAUAAUGUGCUCAAGGUCACAAAGUUAAUACAAGAUGGAGUUGAAAUUAAAACUCAGAUACAUCUGGUACCCAGUGAAUGCAUUUUUCCACAUCCACCUGUAUGAUUGUGAACUCUAGUGCUACUUAGUGAAUUUCACCACAAUAGCAUACAUGAUGAGUAACUUACUAAAACUGGGGAAAGUUAAAGUGUAUUAAAGCUUGGCCUGCAUAAAUAUGUUUUCUAUAUAUAAACAAGUUUUCUCUGACAUGGAUAAAUAUCAAGCACUAGGGACAGAAGAUGAAUAAUUGACAAAGUAUUGCUAAGCUGCUCUUAAUCGUGUAGAACUUUCCUGUUUUCAUGGUAACUUAUACUACCAUAGCAAUUUUGCUUGGUAUUUGUUUGUGUCUUAUUAUACAGAGUUUGAUGUAAUGCUUACAUAUGAUAUAAUGUGUCUUCGAUAUGAUGUUAAUAAACCUUUAUUUAAUGCUUU